CUGACGGUUGAAAGGGAUGUGAGUCGUUACAUUUAGCCGAUUUAGCCGCUUUCAACAUAAAAUUAAUCAAUGAAUCCAAACAUUCGAAUUUCAUUUGCAUUUAAUGUGAUAAACAUUCCAAGCUUAGCAUAGAACUAAUAGUUUCUCAUACAAUCAGUGUUUUCAGCUACAGAAAACUAUUAUGACCUCCAGACGUACGCGUUUCAGCUUGUCUCUUGUUCGGCGAUCAGAGUCUCCGAAGUCUCCUAUUUGCGAACGUUCUCGCUCGUCGAAUAUUGAGCUCAAUACUAGCAUAAGUGCUGGUUGCAGUACCCCUCUAAACACUCGCAAACGCCGCAGUUUAAUUAAAUGCGAUUCACCGGUGUUCACUGACAAUGAGCAAUCCCCAAUUCAUAUGUCACAAGAGGGCAAUAUAGUGACCGGUGUAUCAUGGGCUUGGAACAGUCCCAAAAGAGCUAUCAUAGCCGAUCAAAGAUUACGUGGAAAACCAUUAACGAGUAGAAAUAUUGUUUCCAACAGGCAUCCCGAUUUCUAUAAGAAGAAAACUCAGAAAUCUAUCAAAAAGCUCACCGGGUUUCAUAAAUUUGAAUCAGAACUCAAACUUCUACAAGAAGCUGAGAAUACUCCAUAUUGUUCUGCUGUAAAAAGUGUUCCACCUGAGACGCUUCCACAGUCUCCCGACAAGGACGAUGUAGUUGUUGUGUUCCAGAACGCGAAGACCCCGUUAACGAAUAAAACAGCUGCAGCAGCAUCAGAAUCAUUUAAUGAUUCCGAACUGGAUAAUUUGUUAUUGCAAGCAAGUCAGACUGUUGAAAUACAGUCAACCCUCCCAAUGGUCGCAGCAAAACAACCAACAAUGAAGCCAGAAAAAUAUUCUAACAACAGGCGAAGUUUAGUCAAGAGCAAAACUACCGAUAAUUUUGAUGGCAACAGCGAUGAUUCACUUGCGGACGGCGAGCUCGAUUUAUUGCUUGCGCAGAUUGAACAACAGCCUAAACUGUUUGCUGAACCUGAAGGCGAAUCCACCCAAAACGCGAACACAACUAACACGACAGAUCAGCUGAACCCGAGAACGAAAGGAUUAUUGACACGGCACAAAUCUAUGCCAGAAUCUCCCAGUCGAAAGCUUACGGACCCAGUGCAAACUAGCAGUAGAGGAUGCAGACUGCAGUAUCGGAAAAUCGUAGCUUCUCCAAGUUCCACAACAGGAUCAGUUGCGUCGAGUGAUAAUAGUACGGCUCCAUCCAGCACAAACUUGCAGCCUGUACGAGUUUGUUCCAAGGAAGAAAUCGAGCACAAACGUCAGGAGGCGCUAAAGCGCCAAGCUUGCCGUUUGAAGCGGCUCAUGCAAGGCAAUCAUUCACAGAACGAUGCUCAGCUCUUCCAGUCAAAAAAUCAUUAGCAUUUUGUUUUUAAGAAUUCGUUUAUUACUGUUGAAAUUGGUUACUUUUAAAAGCUGCAUUGGAUCCAUCUAAAAUCAAUACAAAAGAAAUUAAAUGAAAAUAUAAAAAUA